AAGGCUUCCGCAAAGGACCAAUGAUUCUGGGCCCUGCAUCCCUCCUUGCAUUGCUUCCCACUCUGCAGCCAUGUCUCGGUCCCGUCAUGCAAAGCCUUCCAAAGCAGUCAGGACAGGUCUACAGAAGAAGAAAACGACAUUAAAGCAGGGUGUCAAACAUGGGGAGUCAGGGAAGCUGAACCCUGGAAAGCUGAACCAAGUAACUCAAAGAGAUGGUAAGAAAGAACCAGAAGACAAAAGCCCCACACCACCCAGAAGCCUUCUGACCAGAGCUGGGGCAGCCAGAAUGAAUCAGGAUAAGACCCAAGUGGAGGGUCCAGAGUCCUUAGCUGCCAGUGGGUUUACAAUGGCUCUACGAAGAAGCUCUCUGAUCAGGCGACUCUCCCAGAGCCCCGUCGUUACACCCAGACCGAAGAAAGUGUCACCUGCUAAGAGUGUUUCGAAGCAGCAGUGUCCUCACGAUACCCAGGAUGACGAGACCCAGGAUGACGUGGUGGCAGAGCACUCGGAAAAUGAUUGCAUCCCCAGCCAAGACCCCACUGCGUCCCCAGAUCCAGAGAACCUAAUUGGUGAAGAGAGCUUGUGUUUAGUUGAAGGUGAGAUUCAAGAGCUAACCCAGUCUUGGCCUGAAACAAUAGAAGGUUCCCAAAGCUGUCCUGCAACAGAUAUUCCUUCUGGACCACUGGAAGGGACACACUGUGAAGGACUACUCGCUCUUCAGACAUCAGAUGUCAGCACAUCCCCUCAGGAGUGUGCGUCUUUGUCCCAAAGAUCAACACCCGAAGUCACCUCUCAGAAAAACACUAGCAAUCAGUUUGAAGACUUGGGGUCACAAGGAAACUCUCUUAAGCUAUCAGAUCCUCCCCUGAAUCCCGUGGGAAAUGAAUCUAAUUGCUUUCCCACCUCCAGUUUUAAGAUUCUACCUGAACUGGACCUUAAAAACUGCAUGUCUCUUGAUGGGUCUGUGUAUCCCACAGCUCUGAUAAGAUUCCUCUUGGCAGGCUCACAGCCAGAUACACUUGAUAUGCUUGGUGCUAAACCCCAAGAAGGAACCUUCAAAACUAACCCAGAUCAAGGUGGUUGCUAUCCAUAUCAAUUUCUGGAUGGCAUUUCUGCCCUAGGACAGGCUUUCAGUGCUCUCCCACCUCAGUGGGUAUUUCCUGGUGCUAACUUAGUUCCUGGUGAGGCCCUGGGCAAGGUUUCAGGCCUACCAGAGGAUCUUGGUGCUAUAACUAUGCUAACCCAACAAGGAACUAUGAAUUUGAAUAUGGCUGCUCCCCCAGAUCUGCCUGUCUUCCUUCCCAACCCUAUAGUCCCAUUGGCUACCUACAGUAAUCCUCCCGGGCCUGAGCCCCACAGCUUUGCCUCCUGUGGGCUUGAGGUCCAAGGUGCUAUCCCUUUAACUUUGGACUCAGGACAUGUCCCAGCAAACUCCGAGAUAAGUUCAAUACCUCCAGCAAUAGCUGCAACCAGUGUACAAGAUGAGAAGCAGUUUUGUGCAAACCCUUCUCCAGCGAACAGGCAAGGGUUUACCAUUGACCCUGAGAGUGGACUCCAGCAUGCUCCCCUGGAUCUUACCCAGGGCCCUCAGGUUACCUCCAGCAAAGUGGAAGUGGGGAUUUCUCAGGUCAACACGGCCAGCUCUGCUGAUGGCGAAGCCACUGGGAUGUCUAUGCCAGUGUCACAGGCCAGUACCUCUUCUUCACAAAAAUCUUCACUGCCAACGGUGGAGAGGAAGAAACGCAAGCCGUGCGGGGUCUGUGAGCCCUGCCAACAGAAGACCAACUGCGGUGAGUGUACCUACUGCAUGAACAGAAGGAACAGCCACCAGAUCUGCAAGAAGAGGAAAUGCGAGGUGCUCAAAAAGAAGCCGGAUGCCACUUCUUUGGUACAGGUUACAAAAGAGAACAAGAGGCCCCAGAGGGAAAAGAAGCCCAAAGUUUUAAAGAGAGACAAUAACAACAAAGCAGUAAAUGGCCCCAGAUCAGAGUCCAUGGAAGACAGUCAAUGUGGCCAUGGGGAAGAGCAGAGAUUGGAUUUGAAUUCACAGCCCCUUGAAAAUGUAGGGAAGAAUGCAGAGAGCAUGACAGGAAUCGAGGUGGAGAAUUGGACACCAAACAAGAAAUCAAGCCCAGAGAGUCAAGUCAAGGGAGACCUCGAUACAAAUGUAACUGAGGUUGGAAAGCCCCAGCCCUCUGAAGAUGACAAGCAACAGAGCCAGCCUUCCCCGAUGUUUCCUCAGGCCAUAAGAAACGGCAUGAAAAAUGUGUACUGUUUACCUACGGACACAAACCUUCCAAUCAACAAAUUGGAUCUUGAAGAAAUUAGCAAGGUGCUAGGAAAUGGUUCCUCUAAAUUGCUGCCUGGCCCCUCCAACGGCAAGGAUGCCAUGAACUCUGUCUCUUCCGAUAGGAGCUGUGAUCAUCUCAAGGGGUCGAGCGACACUUUGUUCUUCCAGAAGCCUGGCUUGAACUGCCAAUCUGCUGCAGCCUCCACCAUCCCUAAGGAUCAUCCUAAGACACACAGCUCUGGCUGUCAACCCCAAAGCCCCGAGAAGAUACCUAGUAAAGACCCUAAAGAUGACUCUCCAGUUCAGCCAAGUCUUCUAUCACUAAUGAAAGACAGGAGACUCACCCUGGAACAAGUGGUAGCCAUUGAAGCCCUUACGCAGCUUUCAGAAGCUCCAUCCGAGAAUUCCUCUCCGUCAAAGCCAGAGAAGGGUGAAGAAACAGAUCAGAGGACAGCUAGUCUGCUUGACAAUUGCAAGGCUAUCCUUAAUUCUGUGAGAAAAGACCUCCAAGACACAAACAUAAAGUGUCUUCAGCACCAGAACACAGAGUUCAAGUUGCCGGAUAGUUCAGCUACUAACCAAACAUUUGAAGAUUCGGAUUCACUUACAGCUGGAGACAAACCUCCCCUUGAUAGUUCUAAGAAUUCAUAUCCAUUGCCAGUAGAAAGUCAUAAUUCAGAAGACUGCAGUCAGGCACUAAACGGCGACCAAAAGUUGAAUUCCCAGCAUGAGCCACCAUGCCAGGAUGUGCCCUACAGUCAAAUUGAAGAAGAUGUUGCAGCCCAAUUAACCCAGCUUGCAUCUACAAUUAAUUACAAUCACAUAAACCCAGACGUCAAGAAUGCCGGAAGUACACCAGGGAGCCUUGCUGCAAAGAAUACACAGCAGAAACCUAGUCAGGAGAAAGGCAUGGCACAAGAGAAACCAGCGUCGAGUAUACAAAACAAACCUAGUGUACCACCAGCAAAGCCAAAGAACAAGACCCAGAAGAAAGCAAAACAGACCCCCAAAACAGACAAGCGUAAAAAGGAACCUCCAGUCCCUAGCUCUCAAGAAAACGAUCAGAAGCAAGAGCAACUUGCAACUCAGUAUAGUAAGAUGCAUGACAUUUGGAUAUCAUCCAAAUUUCAAAGAUUUGGCCAGUCUGGUCCACACAGUGUUCCUAACAUGUUUGGAAACCCUGCUAUCUUUUCCCAGAAAUUGAAACCAAUAGCUCAGAAUAACAUACCCUUACAACCCUAUAUGACAUUUCUUCCUCUCCGCCAGAUAAAAUUCACAAGACAAUCUGAACUGGCAAAGGAGAAUGUUAAAGUCGAGCCACCAGAUGUUCUACCAACAUGCCAAAUCAAGACAGAAUCCAGCGGGCAGGCAAUUGCAGAGCCGGUAGAUAAUUCUCAGGUACAGCCCUCAGUGAAUAGCAGUGAGAAAGCUCACCCUCUGCCUCAGCCCUCCCCUCAGUCCAACCAGUGUGCUAACAUGAUGCCUGGUGCUGCUCAAACACAGUUACAACUAGGCGCUCAAGAGAACUUGGUGCAUCCGAUACCACCGACAUUGCCUGGUACCUCUCCUGAGUCACCCUUGCCAGACCCAGCAUCCAUCCUCAGGAAAGGGAACGUGUCAGGUUCCAACGGAAUGGCAGGUGUGAAUGCUAAGCCAGAAGCGCAAGCACCAAGCCAUGGACCACGGAGUGACUUCACCACACACAGUGUCCAGAUGGAGUUUUUUGAGCACAUCAAGAAAUACCUUAGAGACCCUGCAAAAUUCUUGCAACCCGAAGUGAAUGAGACAGAAGAGCCAACCUGUGACUGUAAUGAUGGAGGUACACAAAAAGACAAAGGCCCAUAUUAUACACACCUGGGGGCAGGACCAAGUGUUGCUGCUGUCAGGGAGCUCAUGGAGACUAGGUAUGGCCAUAAAGGAAAGGCAGUACGAAUUGAGAAGGUAGAGUACACGGGGAAAGAAGGCAAGAGCUCGCAGGGCUGCCCAGUCGCCAAGUGUAUACUUAGAAGAUCCGGUUCUGAAGAGAAGAUACUUUGUUUGGCCCGGGUGCGACCCGGUCACUUCUGCGCGACGACUGUGAUGGUCGUGGUUAUCAUGAUCUGGGAAGCCAUCCCUCGCCCGAUGGCCGACUAUCUGUAUGAGGAGCUCACAAUAAACUUGAGGUCCUACAGCGGGCAUCCCACUGACCGCAGAUGCACCCUCAACGAAAAUCGUACCUGCACCUGCCAAGGCCUCAAUCCAAAGACAUGUGGCGCCUCUUUCUCCUUUGGCUGUUCAUGGAGCAUGUUUUUGAAUGGCUGUAAGUUUGGGAGAAGCCCAAACCCCAGGAAGUUCAGACUUGCUCCAAACUAUCCAUUAAACAGCUACUAUAGGAGAAUUACUGGAUCACGACGUUUUAGCAGAAGAAGACGCAUGAGACCCGUAAAACCCAGACAGAUGUUUCCAGAACACAGGGCUCAGGAAAAGAAACUUGAAGAGCUUUUUCAGAAAUUGGCUGACGAUUUAGCUCCCAUUUAUAAGCAGAUGGCUCCAGUGGCUUAUCAGAAUCAGGUGAAAUAUGAAGACGUCGCCGGAGACUGUCGACUUGGCACUAAGAAAGGCCGUCCUUUCUCUGGUGUCACCUGUUGCUUGGAUUUCUGUGCCCAUUCUCACAGGGACAUUCACAACAUGAUUAAUGGAAGCACUGUGGUUUGUACUUUGCUUCGUAAAGAUGUCCGCGACAAGAAUAAUCCCGAGGACGAACAGCUCCACGUCCUUCCAUUACACCGACUUGCCGACACCGAUGAAUUUGGCUCCCGAGAGGGAAUGGAAGAAAAGAUCCGCUCUGGGGCCAUUGAGAUCGUUCAGCCAUCCAGGAAGAAGCAACUACGUUUCAAUGAGCCUAUUCCUCGGUGUGGGAAGAGGAGGACCACUAUGGUGGAGCAGAACAAGAAACCAGCUCCCACUGCACUGAAAAGGAAGAGGAGCUCCUCCAGUUCAGACAACACUAAAAGCUUCUCAUCAGCCUCAUCUACUCAUCACCCGGUGAAUGAAGAAGCAGGUACCUGUACGUACAAUAACACAGCCUCAGGCGGGUUUCCAGAAACAGGUAGCGGUGUCCCCUGUACACUGCCCUCUGGUGCUAAUGUCGCUGCUGGUGCUGGAACUGAACAGCCUGGUGAAGCAGCUGCUCUUCCUCAGCCCUCUCUCCCCGUAGCAGACACCCCUCUCUCUAGCCCAUCCGAGCAGCUACCAUUCCUCAGCUGUGCUCAUGAACUGGAUUCCUGUCAGGUGGAAGACGGGCAGCACUCUGAAGCAGAGGAGCCUCUCUCAGAUGGUGUCCUCUCAGAUGACCAGUCCUCCAAGGACGACGAACCUGAGAUUCAGGAGUAUUGGUCAGACAAUGAGUUGAUCUUCCUUAACCCUAGCUAUGGCGGAGUGGCCAUAGCACCCAUUCAUGGUUCAGUGAUGAUCGAAUGUGCCCGGAGAGAGCUUCAUGCCACCACCCCUGUGGAAAAUGCCAACCGAAAUGACCCCCUACGGAUGUCCCUGGUAUUCUACCAGCACAAAGGCCUGAUUCUCCCCAGUCAUGGUUUCUAUUUCAACAGGAUUAAGUUUGAGUCUAAAAUUUUUAAGAAAAAGGCUGCAGAACGGAAGGGUCCUGAUAAAUCAUCAUUUGUAGCCAAUUUACUGUGCAAUAUUCCUUCUCGUAUUGCACCAACCUUAACCCGUGACAAUGUUGUCACUGUGUCCCCUUACGCUCUCACUCAUGUUGCAGGACCCUACAACCAUUGGAUUUGAAGGCUUUUUUCCCAUAAUGCCUUUGCUAGUGCAGUGUAGUUCCUACGGUGCUGUUCAAAAGAAAGUCACGUUGUUGUUUACUUACUUACCGUAUCUUCAUUUCACCCAUUUCAACUCCGAGGUCAAAUUUAUGAAGUGGGUGGGUACUUAACUGUGACUAUUUUGAUUGAGAAUCGGUGGAAGGUAUACAUUCUCAGCAAAGAUACUGGUCUUAUAUCUUGGUUAGGCGUUGACCAUGACAGAAUCAUAGUUUGGUGCUCAAAUUAAGUUUCUUUACUACAAAGAGGAUUUUAACAGGUUCCUACAAUAAGAUGUAGAAACCAAGACACACAGUGUUCGCUCUAUAGUUCCUGGUGCUUAACCACAUAACAUGUAGUAAUGAGCCGAAUGAUUGUUUCAUGGUGCCACCCUUCCAGCAUCUUCCGAUCAUUGCUAUAUGUCUGCACAUUUGAAAUAAACCAAUGAAAUGCUUUCUCUUACAAUAUCUCUCCUGUAUAAAAUAGUUCUUUAUUCUAGUGAUGAUGGGAGGCUAUUCGUUAACUGUAAAUAUAUAUAUUUUUAAAAGCACUUUCUAUUUUUAAAGUAACUUGAAAUAGCAUAGUAGCAGAAUCCUAUUGUCUAUUAUGUAUGCAUAUUUGCAUAGCAGAAAAGUCAUUUACUGUGUAGAGUUUCAUCCUGUUAACUGCAGCCUGUAUUUAAAUCUGUUCUACUCAAAAUCCAAAAAAAAACGAAAAUACAAAUUGCCACCAAUAUCAUUUUCCCCCUUUUAACUAGAAAAGUAUUGUCUUUAGUGUCCUCAUGAUUGAUGUUUUCAUCAUGACACAUGUUUUCGAUGGUAGAAGGGGACAGAUUGGGAUCAAUCAAAUCUAUGAGAAUAGUUAAGUAACUUUUCCCUCCCAAAUGAGAAAAUAUCCUUUAGAAAUAAUUGAGGGGGAAAAUGCUAUUACCACUAUUGCUUCUGGCCCAGAGUCACAUUAAAAAAUUAUGCUGCAAGCCAAUUAAGAGCCUAUUCAUUAAUCUUAACCUUUUGGGUUUAGGUUAUUGACAAUUUAAUUGGCAAUUCAAACUUCUUUGGUAAUCCCCAUUUUGAAGGUCACAGGUAAAGCUGGCAUUCUGAUUACUUUUGUGUUCCAAGGUUCCUCCCAUAUAUAUACCAAGAAAGACACCCUAAACAAAACCUAGAACCAAAAGAAAUUCAAAUGCACAGGUGCUAUGACAUUCAAAGAAUUGGAUUUUCCAGAAGUCCAGGAACCCUAAUGGUGCUUCUCAGAUGCCAUACGAAGUCCACGACUAUCAUCAUAAUCUCGGUGCGAAUGCUAACAGUUCCAGCAAAGCUCUCUAGAGAAUAACUUAUUAAAAUAAUAUAUGGUGUGAAGUUUCUGACUAAGGGAAUUGAAGAGGUCGGGAUUGUAAAUAAAGUGUCCAUCAGCAUUCCAUCUGCAAAUAGAUGUGUGACUACAUUCAGUAGGGUAUAUACAAUGUAUCCAGUAGGGUAAUUUGUUGACCUGAUUGUUUUGUGUGCCUUAGAUUUCUGUUUUAGAACAAGUGUUUUCAAAGCCUAGGGUUUCUUACACGUGUUUGUAUGUAACUGAUUCUUUGUUGCUUCAGGUGUGUCAGUAUUUGUUAGUGUGUGCUAUCAGGAAAGCUCCCUUUGAAGUUACCUUUGAGGUUUUAGGCCUUAGCUUCCAGUAGAAAUUGUUUCCUUGCCAUGCCGUGCAUUUCUUCAUCCAUUCAUCCUCAAAUGCACAUUUAAUUUAAUCUUUACAUUUAAUUGAUCCAUUUGAUUUUGUUUUUCCUUGAAUCACCACCUAGGACACAAUCUAAAAGGCAGUGGUGGUGCACACCUUUAAUCCCAGCAGAGGCUGGUGGCUCUCAGUGAGUUCUGGACAGCCAGAACAAAAAAUCUAAACAAAACAGUAAUGAUUUCCAACUUGAACCUGCUCUGUAAACGACACUGCCCUGGGACUGUUGAGUGCUGGCGAUUAAAGGUGUACGCCACCAUGCCUGGCUCAACAGUGGUCUUAUGAAAAAGCAAAGGAAAUUUCUUUGAGAUGACCUAACACUCUUCCUGAGAAGACUGGUCUCAUUGUUACAUGACCUCCAUGGUAACUCAGCUGAUGCUCUGAGGUCUUUCCUGGUGGACCAGGCUAGCCUACAAUUCAGAAAUCUGCCUGCCCCUGCCUCUACUGAGAUUAAAGCUGUACUCCACCCCUCCACAAGCUGUUUUUCCUUCUUGUGCUUGGCAGCCUCAUAUCUACCAUAUAUAUGUACCUGGUACCAAAUGAACCACAUCAUUAGCUUCAUGGACAUAUAUUGCUGGGACAUGAGGCUACAGAGGUAAACUUUUGCAGCGUGGUAGCAGAACUGCAGGCCAGUCACCAAUCACUUAGCUGAAUGAUAUCCUCGAGUAGCUGACUUGAUUAACAGGAAGUCAAUUACUUUCUAGUACUUUUACUCCUGAUCAACAUUCCACAAUAGUAUGUACAAACCUAACAUGUUGAGAGACUUCUAUGUGGGGUAAAGCUGUGACAUCACUGACGUCUUCCAUCAAUUGUGGGCACAUUUAGCUGGAAUGUGCCAACUGAGGAGGUGGAUGCAGUCUUUAACAAAGUUGCCUUUAGUUACACCACUCGGUGUAUAGUGAUGUCGUGAUUUCACUGCAGUAGAAGUCACAAAGCUCAGGCCCUGCACCCACAGAACAGGUGGUACCUAUCAGCGUGGAAUUGCGUGAAGGCCACUCUGUUCUUAGAACUUUACAAGUUUUCUCACCCCGGGAGUACAGUCUCACGGAGAACUAUCCUUAUUUUUGCACAAGUCAAAAAUAAAACAGCUUUCUGUCCUCCAGGGAGGUUCAGAAAAAGAAAAGUAAUGGUAAAAUUAGGUCAAGAUUCCCUUGACUAUCAGUGAAAACUGGCCUAUUAACUCUUACCUAUAAACAAGCCAGUCCUUGUUUUUGCCAUUCUCUCUGGAACCUGGUGUUCAGAGUAAUUGAGAACUGAGUGGAAAUGCGCGGAGGAAAGCGUAUUUUCAGUGUAUAUACUCCCUGGUUGCUCAAUUCCUUCCUGCCCCUGCCUAGUUAAACGCCAGCAGUUACUUGUGAUGUGGCCAUCUUUAUAAGUGGGGAUGCUGGUUUAUUGUGCAUAGCACUCCCAAGCUUGCUGUGCUUUGUUUUUCUCCAGUGUGGCAUAUUUAGCCCCGUGGUAUAGUUAUUGCUUGGUUGUUUAAGACCUCUAGAUUUUUCCAAGUGAAGCAGAUGUUCUCAUAGCAUGAGAAAAUAUAUAAUGCCAAUCCUGUUAUCAGGAAGGCCAUUCAGACAGUGAGUCCUCCCACACAACCUGAUUCCAUGUGAAAAUUCCUGAGCAUGCUUUUCUUUUACCUGUGUACUAGAAACAGGCUUCUGUAUUGAGUUGUGGAGCUGGACAUUUAGAGUCUUGUGGGUCUUGUGUAGUCAGUCCUGAACUAUGGUUGAGAAUGUUGAAUUUCUUCUUUUGAAGUUGGGUUGCACUAUGCAGCCCUGGCUUGCCUGGAGCUUGGGGAGACAUAGACCAAACUGGCCUUGUAUGACAGAGGUUCUGGCGUGUGCUCAGAAAGCAUUCUUAUCCACCUUCCCACCCUAGACUUUGUUUUUUUGUUUCUUGUAGUGCUUUUUCUGAAAUUCCUACUUUAGAUAUCUUUCUUACUUGUUAGAGUAUAGACACAGGGCACCCUGCCCAGAUAACCUUUUAUUGGCCCCAGUUCUUUUCCCAGAUAACCAAAAGGCUCAGAAUAUGUUCUUGACAAUAUCAGUUUAACCCUUAGGCCCCAUUGUAUUCAAAAUUAUAUUGUGGCUGUAUGAAAAGCCCCUACAGGAUUAAUUUUCCUUAUUCCUUCUGCACCUUCUGAUUUCCUUGUGUAUCCUGGCUCCAUCUCCUCAGAUCAUCCCUUAUGCAAAUGCAUCUGGUUCAUUUAAGAUGCCAUUGUUUGGAUUCCUCACUCCUGCCUUCCUUUCUGAGACACCAUCUCCUAUAGCCCAGGCUGCCACAAAGUCCAAUCCCCAAUUUGGCUCAAUCUGUAAUCCCAACUGCUUGAGGGGCUGAGGCAGACAGAGCUCAGUGACACAGCGCUUCCUGACCAUGCUCGAAUGGGCACCAUUCCCCAAGACUGCAGGAAGAAUCAAGAGUGCAGCACUUUACAGUUAGGAGUAAACAAUUUAAACCAUACUCAUUCUCUUCUAUGACUUUUUCAACCCCAUCUGCUAUGUUACAAAUCAGCCAGGCCGUUUUAGUCAAUCUUUCUAGUUUCCUAAGCCAGAUUUACUCCUGAAAUUCUUCAACUGCAAUAGGGUAAUGCUAACCCCGGUAUAUAUAUUCAAACCCCCAGCUCAGACCUUACAGCCCCAAGGCACUACACAUGAUCUAGGUUCCAGAAUAAGCUCUGGUGCUUUUCUUUUUAGCAUGCCUAGCUUGAAACCAAGAAGUACCUGUAGCAUUUCUUAUCUGUGCUCUUCGAGUAGACAACAAAAUCUAGGUGAUUGAUAUUUUGAAAACAAAUCGGAUAUUAACAAAAUAAGCAUUUCUCCCUUGGUAUGAUCCACACACCUGUAGCACCAGCUCAUGGGGAGACUUUAGUAGGAUUUGGCAGAUUUUAGUAUGAUUUAAUAGUAGGAUUUUAGAUUUAAGACCAGCCUCAAUUAUAUGAGAUCCUGUCUUAACAACUUUUGAUCCCCAAUAUUGAUACCAAACACAGCUCUCUGUGGCAAGAAUGGCUAGUACCUUACUCCAUGCCACCGAGCAAGUCUAGGAAUAUAAAUAAUGUGAUUAUGGGUGCUUUGCUUCUGUGGGUGCCAUAUGGCAGUGCCCAUGGAUGCCAGUGUGGUCCCCUGGAACUGGAGUUCAGCUGUUGUGAGCUGCCAUCAAGGUGCUGUAAAUCUAACCAAGAUCCUCUGGAAAAGUAACAAGUGCUCUUAACCAGUGAGCCACCCACAAAUUCAGAGUGCUACAUGUAAAUAUACAGGAAAAACUGAAUUAGGGUUUUACUGAAUAGAGCUAAUAGAAAAAUAUAUAAAUUAUUUAUAAAACAUGUUUCUUAGCAGUUUUGUUUCUGUUUGUUUACCUAGUUAUAUUCAAGUUUUCAUUUAUGCAUUAAAGAUUAGGUUUGUGGUUUUUACUUUAUUGUGUGUAGAGCAGGUUCACAAUAUAGCUCCAACUGACCUAGAAAAUUCAAUAUAGUCCAGGGCCAAGUUUUAUGAUUCCCUAGGUGCAGGGAUUGCAUGUGUGAACCACCCUAUUCAGUGAUCAGAAGCAUAGAGAAUAGCCCUUUACUAUUCAUAGGAAAACAAAAUAAAUUUUUCACCAAGUAAUUUUUAAAAUAGGACUUUUAAAGCAUCUCACAAUCAAAGUUUAAUAUAUUUGUUUAAAUAUAUUUAGAUGAAGGUUUCUUGAAGGCAAUGGUGUUAACUGAACAACUUUAGUUCCUAGCCCUCCUUUAUUAUAAAUACACAAAAUUGUCUCUAACAGGUUGUAUUGUCUCUAGAUUGUAUGGUUUGUCUUGUUGAGUUGGGUGUGUGUGUGUGUGUGUGUGUGUGUGUUCCUUCUGCUUCGCUUGUAGCCAUAUAAAUCUUUGGAGCAAAUAUACAUUUACCUAGAGAGUUGGAAAUGGUGAGAUGUAUUUGUAAAGUUUCUAGUAAUCUCCUUAAUAGGUUAUUUUACCGACCUCUCUAUAUGGAAGUAGUAUAUUUUGACUGGUGAUUACAUUUUUUGGCACAUAGGGAGAGGGGGAGGGCAAAUUAACCUUGAAUAUUCAAGUAAGACCCCCUUUUAAGCUGGCCAUUACCAGCACCUGUUUGUGCUGGAAUCAAAUGACUGUAUUUGACUUUACAAACACAGCUCAUAGAAAAGAUUAAAUAUUUUUAUUGCAAUGUAUGGUCAUAUUUUUUUUAGCCUUUAUGGGGUUAAUAUUGUGAUAAGUGCUUUAAGAGAAAUAUUUUUCCAGAAAUGGUUUUCUAGCUAAAAUUAUGGGCAGCUUUUGCAUUGUGAUGUGUGGGUCGAUGGUUAUAUUUGGGUUACUAGGAAAUCCUGUCGUGUUCCCUAAGGAGAAAGCUGUUCGAUUCCAUGGCAAAGAAAACAACAUUAAAUUCUAGUUCAAUUAUUUCUCCACAGUAUGAAUGAACACGCAUGCCAUUAGCUUGGUUUACAGGUGUAUCAUUGGUGGGAAGAAAACACUCAUUCAUGUUCAGUGCUGAAUUUCCCCUAGGUGCAUAAGCAUUUUCCUAAGUUAAAGCCCUGCCCCCUAACUCUUGGAAUACAUUUACUGUUGAUUUUCCCCUAUUGCCAUCCUACUGUUGUAUCUCAUUAAUUUUUUAAUAAGUUUUUAUUUUAGAAAAUGCUGUUUAGAUUCCAAAAAGUAAUUGAUUUAGUUCUUCACAUAUGAGGGAAAGCACUUCACAUUAAAUGGAAAGAGAUUCUUAUAGCCAUGAUGGUUUUAAUACAUGAUCAAUACUGAGUCCUCUGCACAGAAUGGAACACUUCCUAGCAGUACUUGAAUACUUGUAAGUUGGAAUUGCAUGUUACUUGAAAGAUCUGAUUAAGCUAAAUUUUGGUGCACAGCAGUUGUAUAUGAUUUCAUGUUUAUGUAGCGAAAUACAUUGAAAUGUACUACUAGUAUUGAAACAUAAAUGUAAAAAUAGUUGUGGAAAUUGUCUUAUUUUCCUUAUGUCUCAUUUGUUUAAAGCAUAAAUUUUCUUUUAUUGUUCUAACUAAGAAUAAGUGAAUACUGUAAUUGAAAAUAUAUUUUAAA